UUCCUUCUCUAUUUUGGCCAGCUGUUUCCGGGAUCUAGAAAGCGUUGGCGUCUACAGGUGUGUUCUCUGUGUCCCGAACGGGUUCAGCUCCUCCGAAGAAGAAGCGAACGAGCAAGCAAUCGGGGCCAAAGAGACGGACUCGACAACAAAUCAACAGCGUUCAUACGCCGGGAUUUUCAACGUCCGUGCGUGCCGCUGCAGCCUCACCUACGCGAUGCGGACUCACGCACGGCCACACGCAUUCCUCGGAGUCGAUGCACAGCUGAUAAGGGUAGGAAAAAAUAAACCGUUGACGGCGCCGCGUUGUGCAAACAGCAGCUCGUGAUAACGCGAACAACGAACAAUGUGGAAGUCGGUAAACGAUCCCAACGGAGCGAUGGGUUGCAAACGGCCAUGCGCACGAUGCCUGUCGCGUGUGCCCUUUGCCACCCUGGUGGCAACAGUCAUGUGCUGUGCUGGGGUGGCCAUCUUCUUGGGUGCUGUGCUCAGAGCGGUGGCAUCCACCAUGCGCAUGGUCGAGGUGGUUUUUAAGAGGCCCAACCCAUAUGGGCCCGCAGAACUGCAAGCGGCGGCGAUCGGCACGGCAGUUGCCAUGGGCCUCCUGGAGUUGUGCCUGGUGGCGGUGGGCUUUCUCACUACGGGACCGACGCGGGAGCGGCUGGGGGCUCGAGCCCGCGUCGGAGGCCGGCUCUCGUGCGGCCUGCUCAUUGUGCUCUCAUACCUGGUGCUCCUAGUCUGGCUGGCGCUCGCCCUGCUCCUGGUGACGGCCGCCCUCUCGGUCACCCUCGUCGGAGGCAUGUGCAACCAGCUCAAGCAAGAGUACCAGUGCCUGGACUUUAGGCAGCUAGAGUUCCUGCUGCCGCGAGACUUUCCCGUCUACGAAGCCAACGGCAAGCCCGCGAUGCAGCUGUGCGACGUGCGCCGCAAGGAGUUUUGCAAGGACUGGGUGGAACAAUGCGGGCUGCUCCUCUGGCUGGCCGGAGGUGCCGCCCUCCUGGCCCUCCUUGGGCUGGUGAAGCACCUGAUGUGUCUGGCCGCCAACUACGCCCACCUGAGGGACCAGCAGAAGCUCCUCGACCUCCAACUGCUCCAGGACCUGCAGGACACGGAACUGACGACCCUGGGAUCGAAAGACCGCUUCUGAAGCGGCCUUGAUUUCUACUCAUUGGCGUCGUAGACCUGUCGCACUGUCGCCCGUCGCUAUCCUGGCAGCUUGUCGUAAAAGUACCGGCGAAAAAGGUGGAGGUCGCCGUCGUCGCGGCGUCCCAGCUUCUGCCUGUCGAAGCUUUCACGAGCUCUCUGGCGGUGGAGCGACCCACGAUAAAACAACUGUCGGCCGCAUCCAUGCCUGCCGUUCGACGGCCAGCAUCGCGACGGGCAGCAGUGUAACGGUGUAAUCGGAAGCGGACGAAAGACCACAUUGGAACAUGUGGUAAGCACAUAGGUCGGAGACACAUUCCAGGCACCAUACCGACACAAAACCAUCGACGUCUGAAUUUCUACGCCGCUCCUGGUGGUUCCGUUCGUUGCAUUUUGAGGGCGUGUGUGUCGUUUUCUGGUGUCGUCACGUUGUCUGAUGAACAUUCCUGACCGACUUGCUUUGGAGCGUAAGGCUGCGGGAGUGCAAAGGCAGUAUUCGAGUGCAAGUGCACUCUGGGAUGUCUCCCAAUUUGUUCGAAGUCUGUUGUGAAGGCCUGUAUUUCUACAUUUGUAGAAGUUUGUGAAGUGUGGCAGCUAGCAAAGUUUUUGAGGGGAAAAGAAAAUGGAUCUGGAGAUUCGGUGUGAAAUUUGUGGUUGUGACGGCAGAUACAGCCAACCUGUCUGCACUAACCCACAUUAGUUUAAGUGAGAGUGUUUCUUUAAUUGCCUCAAAUAAAAAUAAGAAAUUCUGGAAGAGCACCAAAAAAUCCACUGAUCUAGAUUCGUGGAAAUAUUUAUGCCACGGUAACUAAACGAGCUUUGCACCACACUUGUUUAGAGAAGACGUUCAAGU